UCAAAUAAGACUAUCCGUCUGUCACUCGUCCCCCAAGCCAACUACCAUUCUCACGAAGACGAAGCGACUGAUUGGUGAAUUUCAGUUCCUCACUCUCCUCUUCAUGGACUCUGACCAUUUUCGACAGAGACGCCAAGAAUGGCGGAGCCAGAUCACAGUUCAGCUUCUACUUCGGGAUCUUCCACCAAUAGAGACUCUUCAGGUGCAGGCGCUGCUUCGUUGUCUCCUUCUUUGAAUUCAUCACCAGUGAGUGAAGAAGAGGCAACUCAUCAUAAUCAUGAUCAUGAUCCUCAUCGAUUUGGACAGCCAGAACUAGAGCAUCAGAAUUUUGGAUUUGCUUAUCGAGGAAACUUUUCAGCUUUCGAUGAUGCAUCGACAGUUAUUAGUGAUGACACUUGGUCUUGCAUAAUCGUUGUCCUCACUUUUUGGUUCUUCGUCUCAAUGACUCUAAUCCUGGGAGUUUAUGGUGCGGCAAAUGUAAGGCUUGGUCCUAAUGCAUCCAUUCUCAUACGACCCAACCCCUUUUUUGUGCAGACCAUCAAGGUGGAAGAGUUAGAAGGGACAAAACCUGGACCUCAGCUAUAUGGGUUUUAUAAUUCUCCACCUCUUGAUGUAGUAACUACUUGGUCCGAAAGUUAUGGUGUCUCUGUACCAGCUGAUUCUCACAAGGAGUGGAUUCAUUUCCUAAAUGAAGGGUCUCAAAUUAACAUUACAUACAGUGUAAAGUCUCCAAGCUCCUCUGUUUUCCUCAUAAUUGCCCAAGAGUAUCAACAGAAGCGUGAUGGACCCAUGCAAUUCUAA